AUGAUACCGGAAGUAUUGGCCUUUUUAGCAGCCUCUACUCACAUGGCAUGGAAUUACUAUUCCUAUAAGCCUGUGUAUGCACGCUUCUACAGAACACUUCUGCUGGGAGGUGGUACGUACUUACUUUCCAUUGGGGUGAAACAUGCUGUUGACAGGAAGAAAUUACUCCACCUUCAAGCUAUAGAUCAUUAUAAAUCUCAAUUUCCUGAACGGGUCCCUGAAAAAUCCUAUCCCACAUUCGGUGAAGUGCUUAAACCAUGGAGACCUCUACGUUAG